UUAAUCUACACCAGUCAGUCUAAUCUGAAAUAUUUUAGCAGACAGUCAAGUCCCAGGGUCAACAGUUCAACAUCUCGAUGUCAAUAAGCGACGAAUGACAAUAACAAACUUCAAUCUUUUUAUUACUCAAAGUUCUAUUUGUUAAGGGUGAUUGCAAUCGAAGGUUUAAUUAUUAUGGCAUCGAAACAAUUCAUCAAUUCGGCUGACAAUGCUGUACAUGAGACCCUCAGUGGACUGUGCACUGUUUAUCCGGGAUUGAAUUAUCAUUCAUUGAAGAGAGUUGUCGUCAGAGCUGAUUUUGAUGAAAGAGAUAAAAAUAAAGUCUCCACAAUCUGCGGCGGAGGAAGUGGACAUGAGCCUUUUGCUGCAGGAUUUGUGGGCAGGGGAAUGCUCAGUGCAUCGGUGGCUGGCUCUGUCUUUGCUGCACCACCACCGAAUAAUGUUCUUCAUGCACUGAAAUGUGUCCGAGGGAAUGGUGGCACACUAGUAAUUAUUCCGAAUUAUACGGGCGAUUGUUUGAAUUUUGGUAUUGCUAUCGAAAGAGCUAGACAAGAAGGUCUUAAGAUUGCAGAAAUAGUGAUUGGCGAUGACUGCAGCAUCUCUAGCAGUGAAUUGGGUAGAGCAGGAAGACGAGGACUCGUGGGGAUGAUUUUCGUAAUGAAAAUAGCAGGAGCGCUCUCCCAGAGGCUAAAACCUCUGGAGGAGGUUCAUCAUCACGCGCAGAUUGUGUCUGAGAAUAUCGCGACAUUUGGAGUUGGCAUGAGGGCCUGUUCCCUGCCGGGACAAGGGCCUAUUUUCAAAUUACCUGAUGAUGAGAUGGAAGUCGGUCUUGGGGUCCACGGGGAGGCGGGAUACGACCGGAUGAAGAUUAAAAAUUCCAGGGAAAUUGUUUCAAUUAUGUUGACGAGCAUUUCUCAGGCGCUUUCGUUGACGAAGGGAGACGAUGUUGCAGUCAUCAUUAACAAUUUCGGAGGAACCAGCCAAUUGGAGCAGGGGAUUCUGGCUCAUGAUGUGGCUGAGCUAAUGAGGAAGAAUGAAGUAAAUGUAGUGAGGACUUACUCUGGAAUGCUCAUGACAUCCCUGGAUGGUGCUGGUGUCCACGUGAGUGUUCUGAAGCUGCCAGAGGUCCAUGAAGAGCUUUACAUUCAGUGUUUGGACGAUCCAACAGAUGCUCCCUGUUGGCCAGGAUGUUCUCUCAGUCGCCCCAUUGAAUUCACCCCACAACUCGAAAAAGAAUCCCACGAAAUUAUCCGCGAAUCGGGGAAGCGACUCGAAAAUUCAGGCAUUAAAAUCUUUAAGGAGUGCCUGAAAAAUGCUUGUCAGGCCAUUAUUGAAAAUGAGGAAAUCCUAAAUAAUUUGGAUCGUGGUUGUGGAGAUGGCGAUUGUGGAACCACUCACAAGACACUCGCAAAUGGAAUCCUUUCGUCAUUGGAGUCUUUAAAAAUCCCUUUUCCUGCUUCUUUGUUGAUGGAACUCUCCGGAAUUGCUGAGGAGUGCAUGGGAGGCACCUCUGGAGCUGUUUACAGUUUAUUUUUUGCAACAUCUGCUGCUGCAUUAGUGAGGAAUUCAGAGGAGAACUGGAAUAAAUUAAUAGCCGAUGCCUGGAGAAGUGGAAUCGACGGAGUGAUGAAGUACAGUAAAGCUCGUCUCGGCGACAGAACAAUGUUGGAUGCAUUGGAACCAGCCUGGAAGGCAUUUAAUGACAAUUCAACGAAAUCCCUGAGAGAUGCGACAAAUGCCGCAGCAGAAGCAGCACGAAAAGGCUCUGCUGCAACUGAGAAAAUGGUUCCCAGAGCUGGCAGAGCGUCGUACGUUAAAAAUUCCGAAUUCCUCACGAACGUGGAUGCUGGAGCCUUCGGGGUCGUCAUAUGGUUAACAGCUUUAUCAGAGACACUGUCGAAAUUCCAGUGAAGUGAAUGAAAAUAAUAAGACAGUUUCUGUAUAAAAAGCCUCUUUGGUUCACAGAAUUUAAUUGCAAGAAUAUUUUACACAUUUAUAGCGAGAAUGAGAGCAUUUCUAUAAUGAGUUUUAUAAAAAUCAUCCUGGUGAUUGCAUAUGAUUGCAACUUCAUGAUUACAACUUACACUCCCCACUUCUGCAUUAAUUACAAAUGUGAAAAGAUUUCAUAAAAAAAUCUUCGCUCUCGUUAACAAAUCUUAAUCAUUAAUUUAUCAAUUUCACUUCGAAUCUCAUUCGAAUUUCUCACAAAAAGGUUUCUCAAUUGAUUUCUCUCAUGCGUGUAUUCUUGUUACCCUUCAGUUUCAUUCGAUCCACUAAAUAAAAAAAUGGGUUCUAGAGUUA